AUGUGCCCAGGUUUGCUGGACUUUGAUGGCGAUGGCCGCAUCUAUCGGGAUCGGUUCCUGAUCCUUUGUGAUGCUCUUCCGCGGCGUGCGGAGAUCUUCGCGCUGGCAGAUUUGUCGCAGCAUCUGGUGAAGACUUACGGCAGUCUUCCUGAUGCGUAUGCGGCAUUCGCUAACAUAUCCGGCGAAGAGGUGUCUCCAAGCAACAAGAAGGCCAAAGCAGCGGCUGAAGCGGGACGCCGCGCAUCCUUCGCCUUCUGA